CAUGUAGCAAACGCAUUUCCAAUUCCAACGUACAGCAAGUUCCCAUUCGAACAGAUCCUACAUCCCAGUCUCUGGAGCGUGCGUCUCUUACAGGAAUGGAAUACUACCUUCCACACUAUCAGAAUGAAGCCUGAUUCUCCGUACGCGUAGGCAUAGCAACAGCUGUCUCCACUGGAUAAUCUGCUGUCUACUGCAGUGGAUCCCUGUAAGCUCAACCUGAAAAGACUUCACUGGCAAUCCUCUCACUUGUUCGGAUGGACGGCUCACCCAGGCUGUCGUUCAUUGGGAUCAAAUGAAGAGUCUCGUAGUGAAGAACAAGGGCAGAGUCUCUUUUCUUCUUCUCUCCUUCACCUGCUUGAUAUUCUCUGAAGCUGUAUUCUCUCUUCCCGGUCAGCAGCAAGUAGAUGGGCAGCUCGACAUGGCAUGGCAAGCCCCUCCCUCUAGACCUACAGCAUAGAUUGCAGUAGAAUGGGACAUGCCUUAUUCACUGCCAUGCUCAGUGACUAACUGCUGGGAAUUCCCUCAAUAUUCCCUCGGGCAUAUUUCCUCUCUCCCUCGAAGCGAGACUAUAAAAUCCCCUUUCUCUUCCUCCUUCUCACCCUGUUGCAAUCAUUCCAACUCGUUCUGCAUGUGCAAGCGUAACCAGCUCAAGCAAAGCUCACACGUUACUCCCACUCCUUCUCCUUGAACAAAAGCUGUAGGUGUUUCUGUCUCUCUCUUCUCACAGUUGAAGGUCUUGAUUGACGCGUCGUCUGCUCGACAGCGCCUUACUGAGCGUCUACUAUCCUUCUUUCUAUCCCACCAGUCGCAGAUGGUCCUUCUGUAAGUCUUGAUUCACGUUUUAAUCUUGGUAGUUCCAGUUUACUGACAUACCCUGCCAUGUUCACAGCUUCUGUUCGUCGACGUCGGCACUGUUGAAAUGACAACUCCUGCGGAACAGCUUUUCUUGUUCGGUGAGGUCGUCCCAGAUCUACCCAGCUGGGCAGUUCUGGACCUGACGACCACUGGCUCGAUGCUGUUCGCUGGGGUGUGUCUCCUCAGCUUGGUGGUCGGAUAUUUCGGCCAUCUGUCAUGGGUCUUUUGGCUCAUGUACUCCUUGUUCUCGACCGUCGCAUCGAGCCUCACUGUGGCGCCAGUUUAUGCGUUGGCCUCCGGUGCAAGGCUAGUUCUUGCAUCCACUAGCUCUCCCCAAGAGCUGCAGGUCGCGCUCGAUCGUCUGCGGGACCGGUUCAUCCUCCGUACUAUGGAGUCCCGUCUCUACCGUUGGUGCGCAUCCGCGCUUGGCUGGCUGUUCCCGGCAGACUCCGUCACCAUGGUCUGUCGUUUGUUCGUUGUCGCCCUUGCCGCCAGGACCGCGUUUCCGGCUCUCCUCGUUCCUAUGGCGGAGGCCCUCGCCGGCUUUGCCGAGGGGUUUCUGUCCGGGAACUUGGAGCUGUCCGGAUUCUGCAUCUCGGUCCAGGACUGGUCUGCGGGCCAAGCUGGUCUCAGCAUACGCCAGUGGAAACAGCUGUGCUAUUGCGUUGGGGAGGCGGCCGGGUUGGAGGCGAAGGCCAUAGUCGAGGACGACUGGGGGUUCGACGACAUCUACGACCGCGAGAUCCACCAUCUCUUCGCUCUUGCGUUCGUGGCCACCGCCUUGGUCAUCACCACUGCUGUUGCUCUCACAAGGGAGGUUGUCGUGAGGUAUGCUAACCGUGCUGUCCGAGAGCGACGGCGGGCCGAGGCAAAGCUUCGAGACGAACUCCACCGGCAGCAGGAAGUCGAUGAGCUACGUACUGCAGUUCGCGACUAUCAAUUUCUGCUUGCCAAUGAAAGCGGACUAGUCGCAGCCAAAGAUGCGGAGCUCAGAGUGGCCAAGCAGAAGCUGGAGAUGUGUCGGGCCGAAGUCAAAUCGUUGAAGGCUCCGCGCGACAAUGCUAUGAUUCUCCGCUGGCGUCUUCCGGAUCCUCGCGUUGCAGAACUGCAGCAGAGUCUGGAGCAAAAAGUAAAGUCCUUCAAUGCGGCCGAGGAGAAGCUGAGGAUGGCACAGGAAGAUGCCAAUGCGAGAGAGCGAUCCCUCGAAUUCAAAGUGGCCACGCUGGAACAGCAGCUGGCCGAGAGGGAACAAGCGGAUGACAAGUCCCUGAGUGAGAAUGCAUCACUCAGAGCUGCGCUAGAAAUGCAGACCCGGAAGCUGGAGACUGCAUCCCAACUGCUCGAAGCCAACGAGCACCGCCUGGCCGCCGUGGAGGAGCGGUGUGAACUAUCCUGGCGCCAAAUGGGCAUCGAACGCCAGAAAUUCGCCGCCGAAAGUCAACGCCUCGUCGCCGAUUGCCAAAGACUGACCUCGGAAAGGCAACUUUUCGAGGCUCAAGUCAAUGGGCUCACGGUUCAGGUCCGGCUCGAACAGGAAAAGUUCCAGCAGGCAACUGCCGAGUACAGGUCACUCCAGAUUUCGUACGACGAGCUGAUGGGCCAGGUCUUCGAGAACUCGGACCGCGACCAGGAGAACGCGGAACUGAGGCGUGAGCUCGAGGCGACGAAGGAGGCGGCGGAAGCAAGAAUCGCGGAACUUCAGGGGUCAGUGUACCUGGCUAAUCAAUCGGCUAAAAGCUCCCGCCAGACAAUGCACGACUUCAAGCUAGCCUGUGACACGGUUUGCGCACAGGACAGCAAGGAACAUGCCGCGACCCUUUUGCUGGUCGAAAGACUCGAAUCCGAGGUCUCCGACCUGGAGAGGAGACUCGGCAAGACCCUGAGGGAUGCAAGCGAGAGCCGGAAGCAAGCGGAGGAGUUCAGGGAGCUCGCAAGGGCCACUGAACUCCGCCUGGCCAAGUACGAGCCUCUCCAGGGUAGUAGUUCGCAGGGGAUCCCAACGUACCGUUCGGGGCGAUCGGCCUGGGUCUCGAACGCCCUGGAGGAGAGCCGAGUGACCGUGGCACUGCAGUCGGCGGAGAUUGAGCAGCUGAAGAGCAAACUCGAAGCUGCCAAGCAGGGUGCACCGAGUCCCUCCGAAGAGGCGAUACAUCAAAUCGCACGACUGCGGAGCGAUCUGGAAGGAGAGAGGCGUGCGCGCACCGAGGACCAAAUCCGCUGGGACAGGCGGACGAGGGAACUCGAGGAGGAGAACCGGCGACUGCGGAUCUCCCGGUCUAACGAUGCCGGCGUGUUUAACAGACGCGCCGGCAGGCGUUAG